AUGGAUUACGAAAUCAUUGAUUAAAUAGGAAAAGGUAGUUACGGAGUGAUUUAUAAGGUGAAAAUAGCAUCUCAGAUAUAGGUGUUAAAAGAAAUCUCGCUUAAGAAUCUUUCUCUUAAAUAGUAGAACGAAGCUUAUAGGGAAGCUCAAAUUAUGCAUACAUUAAAUCACCCAAAUAUAGUGUCAUACUAUAAUUCUCAAUUGAGGAAAGAUAAGCUGAAUAUCUUUAUGGAAUAUUGUGAAAACGACCUGUUCAACUACAUAAGUAGGAAUCCAUCUCCAGCUGAGAACUAAGUUUGGUAGUGGACCAUGCAAUUGUUAGAAGGAUUGGAGUACUUGCACUCAUAGAAAAUAAUGCACAGAGAUAUCAAGCCCAAUAAUAUUUUAAUCAAAAGCAAUGUCUUAAAGAUUAGUGAUUUGGGAGUGUCUAAAAGUUUGAUUUCUACUCAAUAGCUUUAAACAACAAAAGUUGGAACUCCUCUUUAUUUGGCACCUGAACUAAUUCGAAAUCGGCCCUAUGAUAGCAAGAUCGAUAUUUGGGCAUUGGGUUGUGUUCUUUAUUUUAUUUGCCAGGGAGAUGCUCCGUUUGGAGGAAGCAAUCUAAUAUCUUUGGGAUACAACAUAGUAAACAAAUCUCCAAAGCCAAUCAAUUGCAAAUACUCGAAGAGAUUGUAGACUCUCAUUUUUAAGUUGCUUAAUAAAGCACCUGAGUUCAGACCCACAGCUGCUCAAGCAUUGCAGUAAAUACGGGAGGAUAACGAAGUGAAGAUGAAACCUCAAUUCCAGAAGAUCUUCUCAGUCCAUUCAUAACAUGAAAUAACAAGGGGGGACGAUUUGAAGGACCAAAACAAGACUGUUCAAAUGAUUCAGAGUAGGAGGUUGGAAAGGAUUAUUCAAUAAUAGAAGGAUGCUUAAUUUAGAUUGUGUGAGGCUGAUAAAUUUAGCAAAAUUGUACUUUUAAAUAGAAUUAUAAAACAUUAAUCAGAACAUUAUGAACAAUGA